AUUGUCCACCAUUUUGAACUAACUCUCUUGUCUUGAUUCAAACAUCAUUAAAAAUCAUCAAUUUCUGCACAACCAGUUAUGUCUUUGUCCUUAGUUUUCUCUUUCUGAUUCUCUUUUGUUUAAAUUUUCAUUCUUUAUCACUUUAACUAUCUUUAUUCCUUCUUUUCUUUCUUAUUUUUCUUGGUUGAUUCUUCUAUUAUAAUGCUUUAAAACUCCUCUCUCUCUCUCUCUCUCUCUCUCUCAUGUGUGUGUAUAUUAUCUAAGAAGCAAAAUAAUGCAUUGUUACAUCUUUUGGAGCAAAAUUCUCUUCUUGGUUGUUUCCUUUUGAAAUUCCUAAUGUAUGUUACCAUUGAAAAUCUUUGAACUUUGAAGGAUUUAUAUUAGUCUUUUGACAUAUCAAACAUUCUUGGUGUUUUUGUUUUUUGUUUUUGUUUUAUCUUUUGAAUUGAGUAGUUGCCAAUUUCUUCUUCUUCCAUGUUUGAUGCUCAUUGUGGUUUUAAACUGUGGUCUGCAUCUGCAAUUGCGGUCACAAUAUAAAAGAUUUUGAGGUCUCUGCAACAAGGUGCAAAAAUUUUCAAGUUGGUAAUUCAAUGAGGUACUUUUAUUUUCAUUUUUUGGUUCUUUCAUGGUGUUUGUUAUUAAUCUCAAAUACUCAUGAGCUGGAACAAGAUCAAACACAAGCUUUGUUAGAAUUAAGAACUUAUUUAGAACACCCUACCUCAUUACAAACUAUGGAAAAUUACAUUAAUGACCUUUGCUACCUUCCUUUAUCUUCAAAUUUUAGCAUUAAAUGUGAAGCUAAUUCAAUAAUUGAGCUCAAAGUUUUUGGUGACAAAUCUAUGAAACCAUUAAGUUUCAAUGGAUUUGCAAUUCCAAAUCAAACACUAUCCAAAAAUUUCUCAAUUGAUUCAUUUUUCACCACAUUGACAAAGAUGAAAACCCUAAAAGUUCUAACUUUGGUUUCAUUAGGGAUUUGGGGGAAACUUCCUAAUCAAAUUCAUUCUCUCACUUUACUUCAUGUUUUGGAUUUAAGCUCAAAUUUCCUAUUUGGUACCAUUCCACCAAAAAUUUCAACAAUGGUAAAGCUUCAAUCAUUAACACUUGAUGAAAAUUAUUUCAACACAACUAUGCCUAAUUGGUUUGAUUCUUUGUUUAAUCUAAGUAUCUUGAGUUUGAAGAAAAAUCACUUAAAGGGUUCAUUUCCAUUUUCACUAUGCAAAAUAAAAAAACUUGAAGUUAUUUCUUUGUCACAAAAUCAACUCUCUGGUGAAUUACAUUCUCUCCAUACUCUCAAUGGUUUACAUGUUUUGGAUUUGAGAGAAAAUCGUUUCGAAUUUGAGCUACCGGUUCUGCCAAAAUUCGUGGUCACGGUUUUGUUAAGCAAUAACUCGUUCUCCGGAGAGAUACCGAAGAAGUUCGGCGAAUUGAAUCAUCUUCAACAUUUAGAUCUUUCGUCAAAUCGUCUUAAGGGCACACCGCCGUCAACAUUGUUCUCUUUGUCAAACUUAAGUUACUUGAAUCUAGCUAACAAUGUGCUAAGUGGAGAAUUUUUGGAUAAACUUCAUUGCGGCGGAAAACUUGGUUAUGUUGAUAUUUCUAGCAACAAGUUAAGUGGUUUACUUCCUUCUUGUUUGGUGAAUAGUUCUAAUGGUAGAGUUGUUAGAUAUGCUAGAAAUUGUUUAUCUUUCGAGUAUAAGAAUCAGCAGAGAGGUUCUUAUUGUAAGGAAUCAGGUUUAAGAUGGAAGAAAUUAAAGGAAUGGGAAGUGAUUGCAUUAGGGGCUAUGAUUGUUGGAUUUGUUCUUGUGGUUUUGGUGUUUGGAGUUUUGUUAUGUAAAAAAUGCGAUUUGAGAAAGAAAAGUAGGCAUAAUCUGUUGCCAAAUUUUGUUCAAGAUAAGUCCACAGCCGGUGUUUCGUCAGAAGUUCUUGCAAAUGCAAGAUUUAUUUCACACGCAGUGAAGCUAGGUACACAAACUACUCCAACCUGUCGACAAUUUUCGAUUCAAGAGUUGAAGGAAGCCACCAAAAACUUUAGUUUGUCAACUUGUAUUGGUGAUGGCUCCAUAGGGAAGCUAUAUAAAGGUAAACUAGAGAAUGAAUGUUACGUGACGAUAAGAACUUUUGUUCUGUCAAAGAAAUGUUCAAUUCAAAAUCUUAAAGCUAAGUUGGAUUUACUCUCAAAGCUUCAACAUCCAAAUUUGGUUAGUCUUUUGGGUCAUUGCAUUGAUGGUGGUGUACAAGAUGAUUCAAGCACCCAAAAACUUCAUCUUGUAUAUGAAUAUGUGCCAAAUGGUGAUUAUCAUACUCAUCUAUCAGAAUAUUCUGCAGAGAAAGCACUUAAAUGGCCUGAUAGACUGGCGAUUUUGAUCGGAGUUGCGAAGGCAGUUCAUUUCUUACAUACUGGUGUUAUACCAGGAUGUUUUAGCAACCAAUUAAAGACAAAGAGUGUGUUACUUGAUGAACACUGUAUUCCAAAACUAAGUGACUAUGGUAUGUCCAUCAUCAAAGAAGAUAUUGAAAACUUUGAGACAAAGGGUGAGAAGAAAUCAAAAUCAUGUCAAAGGACAAAAAUGGAUAAUGAUGUUUACAAUUUUGGAUUCAUAAUGUUGGAAUCACUUGUUGGACCCAUAACAUGUGACAAAGGUGAAACAUUUUUCCUAAAUGAAAAGGCAUCUUUUGGAAGUCAAGAUGGAAGAAGAAAGAUUGUGGAUCCAAUAGUGUUGACAACUUGUUCUCAAGAGUCAUUAUCAAUUGCAAUAUCUAUAACAACUAAAUGUAUAUCUCAAGAUUCUUCAUCUCUUCCUUCUUUUGAAGAUGUUUUAUGGAACUUACAAUAUGCAGCUCAAGUUCAAGCCACAGCAGAUGCAGAUCAAAAAUCAGAUUAAGAUUUAAACAUCUUAGGUGCAUAGAAAAAAAAUCAGAGAUUUAUUAGUAAUAAUAGACUAUCAAGAUGUUGAUCAUUAUUGUAAAUAUAUAAAAGUAGGUAUAGUUGUAAAAAUGUUUGUACCAUUAUUAUGUUUCUUAUAGAGUUUUGGUAGGAUUGAAAUAGUUAGAAAAUAUCUUAUAUGAUAUUUCAGAUUGAAGGCGUGUUCAGUGUUUGAUAGUGUCGGGUGUUAAAUAGUAACACCACAUGCUACCUACAAUUAUAUUUAAUCACUUUUAUUUUUUCAAAUUACCGCGAGUAUCUAAAUAUAUAUUUAAUGCCUAUUGUUGUCCAGAAUUUUGCACCAAAGCCUCAAAGCAAUAAAGCUUCAAAGUUUAAGCA